AUGGCUCUUCCCCUGGCCGGAAAACACUGCGCCGUCGUCGGGGCCACCGGCCUCAUUGGCUCCCGGAUCGCCGCCGCCUUUGCUUCCCGCGGCGCCGUCCUCUCCCUGCUCGGCCGCUCCGUCCUUGACGCCCAGCCCCGGCUCGAGCCGCUUCUUACCCCGUACGCCCCGGGUGAUGGCGGCGAGGCCAGCAGCAGCCCUUUGAGGCACCGCUUUAUUCGUCUUGAUGUAGCUAAGCGGGAUACCAUCAAGGGUGUGUUUGGCGGUCGUGAUCAUACCCAAGAUGAUGCUGUAGGCCCCGUAGAUAUUCUUGUCAACUGUGCUGGCAUCAGCCAAACCUCAUUCCUAAAGAGGACCUCGGACGAGGAGCUUGGUGAUAUUAUCGAUACCAACCUCAUGGCGACUAUGCUCGUCUGCGGAUCCGGUGCCACAGCAUACGCUGCUUCAAAGGCCGGCGUCGUCGGCUUCACCCGUGCCCUUUGCCGUGAGCUUGGUCCUCGCUCCAUCCGCGUGAACGCUCUGCUUCCCGGUUGGGUAGCCAGUCCCAUGUGGGAUCGCGCCAAAUCGCCAAUCGCCAAUCGCAGAGAGACCUCAAGCCAGAAUUACAGGCCGCCUUCCUCAAAGACACCCCAUUGGGUCGUGUAG